GUAACUGAUAAAGGGUAAAACAAAAGUAACCUAUACUCUCUCUCAAGCCCCUCUACUAUCUCCGUUCAGCCACCAGCGCCGCCGGCGACUCCGCCGUGGCACUACAAUUUCAUGGAUGGAGUUUGAAGCUCCACGCACACACACUUCGAAAAUCCUUGGAAUUGGAGGGUUUGGAGGUCGAUGACGACUAAGAAGAGUGCCACAACGAGCUUCGGCUCGCCUAUUUUGUCUGUAUGGAGACGUGAACUCGGCCAACUUUCUUCUCGAAACUUCGUUAGCCGUAUUGCUGCCUCCGAGGAUGUGGUGCUUCGUCUUGAUGUUCAGCGGAAACUGCUCCGGCACCGGGAUAACGUGACCUCUGUUUGUUUCAAUGAAUCUGGUGAUAUCCUCAUAUCGUGUUCCAGCGAUAUGAAGAUCAAACUGUGGGACUGGGAAUCCGGCCGAGUCAAACAUUCUUUCCAUUCGGGCUACAACCACAUGUACCAUGUUUUGAAAGCAAAGAUGAUGCCUUACUCAGAGGAUAGGAUCAUUGUUACAUGCGCUUACAAUGGCCAGGUGAAAUGCUCGGAGAUUCGUGAAAGUGGAGUGGAGACUAAACUGCUUUUUGAUGGGGAUAGGGCUGUACCGUACGGACUAGCCAUUGAACCUGGAAGCCCUCACAUUUUUUAUACAUGUAGUAUGGAUGGGGUUCAACAUUUUGACCUGAGAAUUCAAAGAUCUACUACACUUUUUAGUUGUGAGGCUGUUGCCAGCAAUUUAGCUUUUCGUCAUUCUGUAUCUCUAAAUGCAAUCACCAUUGAUCCAAGAAAUCCAAAUCUGGUUGCAACUGGAGGAGAUGAUCCAUUUGCUCGAGUUUAUGACAUUCGCAAAUAUAAACGCAAUGAAUCAUCUGAAUAUGGUCAGCCGGCUAACUUAUAUCGCCCCCGUCACAUAGUUAAUCAAAGAAAUUUCAUAACAGCGUUGGCAUAUUCUUGUCAGAGUGAGCUGCUUGCCUCUUACAGUAACGAAUCUAUGUACCUGUUCACCAAGGAUGUCGGAUUAGGAGCAAUUUCUUCUCAAGAUUCAUCAUCUAUAACAGAUGUUGAGGAUAACAUAAAAGCUUCUCCACAAUCCUAUCAAGGGAACUUGAACCGUCGCAUCCUGUACAGCAUGAAGGAGGUGGACUUUUUCGGACCUAAUUGUGAGUAUGUUGUGACUGGAACAGAUACUGGUAAAAUUUGCAUUUGGAAUAAGAAAGAUGGUAAGCUUAUAAGAGUUAUUAGAGCAGAAAAAGAUAAGGUAAGCAGUGUUCAGAGACAUCCUCAUGCUACAGUGUUAGCCAGUUGUGGAAGAGGUAUCAAAAUUUGGGUUCCAAAUGCCAUGGAGAAAGCCAUUCCACUAACAAAUGAGGACAGGGAUAGGAUCGUGAAUCGCACGCGUCAAAUAAUAAAGGAAAGAUGUUAUUCUGAUGACGACCCUGAGUACGAUGAUGGAUAUGAUAAAGACGAUGUAGAUGAUGAAGACGAUGACGAUGUAGAGGAUGUAGAUGAUGAAGAUGAUGAAGAUGAUGAAGAAGAUGUAUAUGAUGAAGACGAUGUAGAUGAUGAAGAUGAUAACUAGCACUGAUUAAUGAAAUCUGUAGUUCUUGUUGAUUUUUCUUUAAACACAAAUUUACAUAUUUGAUCUUGGAAAAUGAAUCUUUGAUGAGUAUGACCAGCAAUCUAUCAUUUCAAAAA